AGCAACAUAUGAUAACUUAAAAAUGUGAUGAAUACACAACAUUUUGCUCAUCCUUUUCUCUAAUUAACAGCAACCAAUAAGCAGUGAUUACACAAAUAUAAGUGUGUCAGAAAAACAUGUAAGGUAUGUGUAAUUUUCCCAGUGAUUCACUUUAUGAAAGGGUCCCAUCAAUCUGUGACCUCACUCUUGACAUGGGGGUCUGCUCUGCUGUCUCAACUCUGCUGGAGCAGCCUGUCAUGGUUGUUUAACACUGCCACCUGCCAGACAACACUGGUCAUUACAAAAACUGAAGCACUUCCUCCAUCCCUCCAUCCCUCCAGUUUUAUCUUAUCUUGCCUUCAUGUGCUCCCUCAAACCACAGGGUAAAGUUGCCCUUGGGCCCUGAUUAAGGAUCAGAACCCCUAACAUUUGUUAACUCAGACCAUUACUGGGGAAGAAUACAAAAACAGGAAAGGCCUUAACCUCUAAACUGCCCUUAUAGUGAACUAAAGAACACAAUGGAAACACAAGUAAAUAAUAUUAUUCACACCAAUGUCUGUUAUGAACUAAAAUCUUUCACAGAUUGUUUUUAAAGGCAACAAACGAAACGGAAGUUAGUGGGCUUUUUUAUUAGAAUGUGAAACAGUAACUUUGAAGUAUGCCAUCAUACCAACAAUUAAGGAGUGAGUAACUUGCAAGUGUGACCGUAUGAAUGUUAUUUUACAAAAUAGUUUAUUUAUUGAACUGUAAUUUACUAGUUUCCAGCCACUGGUGGGUGCUGAAAACAUUUUAUAUUUUUUUUUACUAAUAUGAGUAGGAAGAAAGGAAUCGUUUGGCAUUUUGGCAAAUGCUUAUUCACUGUCUUACCUGGAGUUAGAUGAGAAGAUAUAACUGCUAUGCUGCAAUGUCAUGUCUGAGUAGGCCUGAGCAAAAGUAUAGUUUACCUCCAGCAGACAUUCAGCUAAGGAGACAGAGAGUUAGCUAGCCUGCUGUGCUAUCGGUUAUUACUAACAAAUAAAAUGUCUGGAACAUAAUGUUAAAGAAUCGUUUUUACAUUUUAGCGUGUCUACAGAUUAAAUAAACAAUACUGUGUUGAUUACUAAACUUUAGAGGGCCUGGCUGCCUUUAGAAAGAGCCAGGCUAACUGUUUUCCUCUGAAUCCAGACUUAAUGCUAAACAAAGCUAACCGGCUGUCAGUCAGCAUUAGCUAACUAGCAAACUGUCUCUAAGAAAGCAGGGAAAAAAGGUGUAUUUACAGAAAUUUUCAACAUUUACUUUAUCUCCUGUUAGUAUGGAGGUAAAUUACUGUAUUACCUGCUCAGGCCCUUGUUGUCAGCACGGGGACUUGAGAUUAGUAAACUACAAAGGUGAAGUUUCUUAAAGGUUUUACAAAUUGCUGAGAGAAAGGAAAGCUCUGCCAGUGUGGAAAGCAAAGUGUGAAUUCAUGGACACUUUGGCCAAAGGACAGUUUGUCAUUGUCAGUGGCUCUGCUAAAACUGGGAGAAGUUCUCAAAUUCCCCAGUGGUGUGCUGAAUUCUGCCUGUCAGUCCAGUUCCAGCAUGGCAUGGUGGUUUGCACCCAGAUUCACGCACAGCAGGCUGUAGAUCUCUCCUUAAGAGUGGCUGAUGAGAUGGAUGUUAACAUUGGCCAUGAGGUCGGUUACAGUGUCCCUUUGGAAACAUGCUGCACUAAUGAUACAGUCCUCAGGUACUGCACAGAUGACAUGCUCCUGAGAGAGAUGAUGUCAGACCCUUUGCUUGAGCACUAUGGUGCGAUAGUCGUGGACCAGGCUCACCAGAGGACCGUAGCCACGGAUGUACUGCAGGGUUUACUGAAGGACAUCGUCCUGCAGAGGCCAGAGCUCCGCGUGGUCCUCCUCACAGCCGUCGAACCCGACCCCAAGCAGCUGGCCCACUUUACCGGGUCAGCGGUGCCUCUGAUCCGCCUGGAGGGUGCGGGCAUGGGGGAUGUAGUGUACAGCAGCACAGGUGACAGCUACUUCUGCUCUGCCGUCCGUCUGGUGCUGGAGAUCCACCACUCAGAAGAGGAAGGAGAUGUGGUUGUGUUUUUGGUGACAAAUCAGGAGAUAGAUCUGGCCCAUGACAUCCUGUGUAAUGAGGAACAUAGCUUACCCCCUGAUCUGGGUAAGCUCCUGCCCGUUGCUGUGCACCCUGGCCAGCCUGGGAAUCCACCAAUCCUGGGGGAGGAGGAGACAGGCCAGGCCCGCAGAGUAUUCCUCACAUCCAGUCCAAACGAGGACUUCUUCUGGGCUGUUAGCUCAGUGCGCUUUGUCAUUGAUGCCGGGCUUGAGAAAAGAUCUGUUUACAACCCCAGAAUCAGAACAAACUCAGUUGUCAUUCAGCCUAUCAGCAGCGGUCAGGCCAAGAGUCGGAAACAGCUGGCAGAUCCAAAAGGCAAGUGUUUUUGUCUGUACCCAGAGGACAGACAGCUUCCCGGUGAGAAACGCCCACACAUCGUGGAGUCUGACAUCACUUCCACUGUGCUCUUCUUGAAGAGGAUGGAGAUUGCUGGACUGGGCCACUGUGACUUCAUCGACAGGCCAGAUCCUGGAGGCCUAAUGCAGGCCUUGGAGGAGCUAGACUACCUGGCAGCUCUGGAUAAUGACGGCAACUUGUCUGAGAUGGGCAUUAUCAUGUCCGAGUUCCCUUUGGAGCCCCAAAUGGCCAAGACUCUGCUCGCCUCCUGUGAGUUUGACUGUGUCAGCGAAGUGCUCAUCAUUGCUGCCAUGCUAACAGCACCAACUUGCUUCAUGAUUCCCUCUGUGGACCUGAAGCCAGAGGCAACCCAGUGCCACAUGAAGUUCCAGCACCCGGAGGGAGACCAUUUCACCCUUAUCAAUGUCUACAAGGCCUUUAAACAGUGCCAGCAGGAUCCAUACUGUAAUGUGGAGAAGUGGUGUCAGGACCUCUACCUGAACCACGCUGCUUUGCUCAUGGCUGACGCUCUUCGCGCUGAGCUCACUGACACUCUGAAGAGAAUUGAGCUGCCCAUCUCAGAUCCUGCCUUUGGUUCCCGAAGCAACACCCUCAACAUUAAGAGAGCCCUGCUGGCAGGUUUCUUCAUGCAGGUGGCGCGGGAUGUGGAUGGAUCAGGGAACUAUUUCAUUCUGACCCACAAGCAUGUGGCGCAGAUCCAUCCUCUGUCUGGCUACGGGGCAAAGAGCCCCAAGCUGGGCCUGCCGGAGUGGGUGCUGUUCCAUGAGCACUCCUUCUCUGAGGACAACUGCCUCCGCACAGUAACCCACAUAACGCCGGAGGAGUUCAUUCAGAUGGCACCGCUGUAUUAUUUCUACAAUCUACCGCCUAGUGAGAGCAAAGACAUCCUCCAAAACAUUUUGAACCAUGGAGCUUCUCAGUACCAAGAGCAGAAACCUCCAACCUUCCAAGAGGAGCCCCAGGAGAACCAGACUUAUGAUCGCUGUAUUAUACAGUGACUAACUGACCCACUGUUCCCAGUGGUGGUGGGAAAAUUACCAGUAGGACUUGCACUGUACUGUACAAGAGCACGUUGUCUGGAUAGCUAUAUAAUUGAUCAUAGAAUUUAAUUUCCUUUCAUCUGUGCCAGUCAUUCCUCAUUUUUGUCACAAUAUCAUGUCUUGUAUUUAUCUUUAGUUACAAAGUGCACCAUUAUAUAAAACAAU